UUCUCCUCCUUCUUCCAGUACUGCCUGUCAGGACAUCCAACCUUGCCAUGCAACGUGCUCAAGUUCAAAUCCACCACCAUCAUGCUGGACUGUGGGCUGGAUAUGACGUCUACCCUCAAUUUCCUCCCACUGCCUCUGGUCCAGAGCCCCAGGCUGUCCAAACUCCCCGGUUGGGUUUUGAAAGAUGGAAGCACAUUUCUAGACAAGGAGCUGAAGGAGUGCUCUGGCCAUGUGUUUGUAGACUCUGUGCCUGAGUUCUGCUUACCAGAGACUGAACUGCUUGACCUCUCCAUGGUGGACGUAAUCUUGAUCUCCAACUAUCACUGCAUGAUGGCCCUGCCCUACAUCACAGAGUACACAGGAUUCACUGGAACAGUUUAUGCCACCGAGCCCACUGUUCAAAUUGGCAGGCUCCUCAUGGAAGAGCUGGUGAAUUCCAUUGAACGCGUGCCAAAGGCUCAGUCUGCCUCCAUGUGGAAGAACAAGGAGGUGCAAAGGUUGCUGCCGGCCCCGCUGAAGGACGCAGUGGAGGUGUCCAUGUGGAGGAAGUGCUACACCAUGCCAGAGGUGAACGCAGCCCUCAGCAAGAUCCAGCUGGUGGGCUAUUCCCAGAAAAUCGAGCUGUUUGGUGCUGUGCAGGUCACCCCUCUGAGCUCGGGCUACGCUCUUGGGAGUUCCAACUGGAUUAUCCAGUCACACUAUGAAAAAGUUUCUUAUGUUUCAGGAUCUUCUCUGCUUACAACACACCCUCAGCCCAUGGACCAGGCUUCUCUUAAAAACAGCGACGUUCUCAUCCUGACAGGGCUGACCCAGAUCCCCACUGCCAACCCCGAUGGAAUGGUGGGAGAGUUCUGCAGCAACCUGGCAAUGACUGUCCGGAAUGGAGGCAAUGUCCUGGUUCCCUGUUACCCCUCUGGAGUGAUCUACGACCUGCUGGAGUGUCUCUAUCAGUACAUUGACUCUGCAGGACUCUCCAACGUCCCCUUUUAUUUCAUCUCACCUGUUGCCAACAGCUCCCUGGAGUUCUCCCAGAUCUUUGCUGAGUGGUUGUGUCAUAACAAACAAACAAAGGUGUACCUUCCAGAACCUCCUUUUCCCCACGCUGAGCUUAUUCAGACAAACAAAUUGAAACAUUAUCCCAGCAUCCAUGGAGACUUCAGCAAUGACUUCAAGCAGCCCUGUGUUGUGUUCACUGGGCAUCCCUCUCUCAGAUUUGGGGAUGUGGUGCAUUUCAUGGAGCUGUGGGGAAAAUCCAGCUUGAACACUGUUAUAUUCACAGAACCUGAUUUCUCUUACCUGGAUGCCCUGGCUCCCUAUCAGCCCUUGGCAAUGAAAUGUGUUUAUUGUCCCAUUGACACGAGACUCAACUUUAUUCAGGUGUCUAAAUUACUCAAAGAAGUCCAGCCCCUGCACGUGGUGUGCCCCGAGCAGUACACGCAGCCCCCUCCCACGCAGUCCCACCGCACGGACCUGAUGAUCGACUGCCAGCCCCCGGCCAUGUCCUACCGCCGCGCCGAGGUGCUCACGCUGCCCUACAAGCGCCGCUACGAGAAGAUCGAGAUCAUGCCCGACCUUGCAGAUUCCCUCGUGCCCUUGGAGAUCAAGCCUGGUAUUUCCUUGGCAACAGUUUCUGCUGUGCUGCAUACUAAGGACAACAAGCACGUGCUGCAGCUCCCCCCAAAACCUCCCCAACCUCCUGCCAGCAAGAAGAGGAAGCGGGUGAGUGAUGAUGUGCCCGAGUGCAAAUCUUUGAAGCCGCUGCUGAGUGGCUCCAUCCCUGUGGACCAGUUUGUGCAGACUCUGGAGAAGCACGGCUUCAGCGACGUGAAGGUGGAGGACACGGCCAAGGGCCACAUUGUGCUGCUGCAGGAGGCAGAGACCCUGAUCCAGCUGGAGGAGGACUCCACCCACAUCAUCUGUGACAAUGACGAGCCCCUGAGGGUGAAGCUGCGGGACCUGGUGCUCAAAUUCCUGCAGAAAUUUUAGCUCAUGGACAUCAGGAGGCUCUGCAAGGAGAGAGCCUGGAGGAGCAGAACUUGGAUCUGUCCAAGGAGAGAGAGAGAAUCCUGUGAUUCAGAGAGACCAGAAACCACAUUCCCCUUCAUGGAGGAGCAAGGGAGUAUUUUUAAUAUCUAUUUUUUAAAUCUUAUUUUUAACCUGUUGUGGAGUACUUUGGAGGAGAUUCCUGUUGUGUAAAAGUGGGAGCUGGGAAUCUUACAGGAGAUAAGAACUGCAGAGUAAGUAACUGGAGUGUUUAUUUACAACAUCAGGGUGAACUGCUGCUCCUCUGUGUCCCUCAGCAGUGUCUGCCCUGGUCCUUCACCUGACAGAACUCUGCAGGAAUAUUGAAACAAUGGCCUUUUUCCUCCCACUGCUUCUUCCCAGUCCCCAGAUCCUUCUCCCUGCCUCUCCUUCCUGUGUGUUGUUCACGUGUCCUUCACUGGCAAGAGGAGGGGAGAGCUGAUGAGGCAAAGAGCGUACAAAUAAAAAUGGAAAAAAAGGGGGUCUGGUGGACAUGGAGAAUAGUGGGAAGAGCCUGGCCAUUCCCUGCACAAGCAGAGGCACUUUGGAAAAGCUUUAUCCUGUAGGAAUUCAAGUGUUUAUUUGAUGCUGCAGCCUCACCUGUUACAGCCACAUCUGUCCCUGGAGCUCCAGGCCUUGCACUGGUUCCUCCUGGGUUCCUCCAUCAGCAGCAGAGGAAACACCUCAGGAAGACACUUAGGGAAGUCCAUAAAGCAGGAAAAUUCCUAAUACUCAUAAAAACCAUUUCGAGAUUUAAGUGCCUCUUGUUUCUACCUUCCAAAAACUUGUCCUUGCAGCGCCCCCAUCCCAAAUCCUGGAUGGAAUUCUGAGUCAUUUAUCCAAACCCAUCUGUACUGCAGGCCUGGGGAGGCUUUUCCCUCCCCAAGUCACGUAUUUGGGGCCUCACCUCAGUCAAUAGUAUUGCUUUUAAAGGCUUCCCAUUUCUCAGAUUUACUGCUGUUCAUUUUCUAUUGGAUUGUUUUGUAUUUAUUUGGUGUUAAAAAAUAAAAAGCAGAGUGAGUCUGCCCAGGAGGGAGCACAUCCCGUGGUUUAUAAAAGCCUCUCCAUGCCCAUUCCACAUCCUUGUCCUGAUGCCUUUGGGAAA